UCCAAUUAUAGAUUACUUUAGCUUUUUAAUUGGGUUUUGGUCUAUUCCCUCAAUUUGUUGAUCCUUUUCUAUUAUCUUUCAAUGUUACUUGGUGUAAUCUAUGAUGGUUUAUAUGAGUGUCAGCAUAUUAGUGUAUCACUAAAAGACAAGAAAAUGGGGAGUUUUUGUGAAACCUCGGUACUCGGUGCGGUGUCCUUGGAAUUUGGAACACGUAGACGUUUCUUUCAUUCUUUUCUUGGUUUGGUUUGGUAUUUGGUAUUGACAUUUUAACUUUACUUCAACUUUCUUUUCUUUGCCAACACUCCUCCUUUGGUUAGGGGUUUCGAUCCGAAAUUCCAAAUCGCCACGCCAUGAACGCAACCUUAUACUCUGCUGCUUUUCCUACCACGUUUCGCAGUCUCGAUCAUCGCAAUUUCUCAGCGUUAUGUUCGGAUAUCCAAAAUCCUGGCUAUGUUGAUUACCAUUCAAAUUCUAAUAAGUCUACAUCUCAAGCGUCUUUGUUUUUGCGUUCUGAUUCCACCAAUAGAAGCAAUGUCGUGCUUGGUGGAGCACUUUGUGUGAACCCCUCUGGCAGGAGAAACCUAGUUGGUCCGGCUUCUUAUUCUGUAGAGACGAGUGCUUAUGAUGUGGCUUCUUUAGAAUCUCCUUCCCAUGUCGCUGAAGAAAAAGUUGGUGUGCUGCUUCUCAAUCUAGGAGGACCAGAGACAUUGAAUGACGUUCAACCUUUUCUGUUUAAUCUUUUUGCAGAUCCUGAUAUCAUUCGUCUUCCAAGGUUGUUUCGGUUUCUCCAGCGACCAUUGGCAAAAUUGAUUUCUGUACUUCGGUCUCCUAAAUCCAAGGAAGGGUAUGCUGCUAUUGGUGGUGGCUCUCCUUUACGCAAAAUUACAGAUGACCAGGCACUCGCAAUUAAAAUGGCUUUGGAAGCAAAGGGCAUCUCUUCAAAUGUCUAUGUUGGGAUGCGGUACUGGUACCCAUUUACUGAAGAAGCAAUUCAACAAAUUAAGAGGGACAGAAUAACAAGGCUUGUGGUACUACCCCUUUAUCCCCAGUUUUCUAUAUCCACAACUGGUUCAAGCAUCCGCAUUCUUGAGCAUAUAUUCAGGGAAGAUGCCUAUUUGUCCAAGCUUCCUGUUUCCAUUAUAAACUCUUGGUAUCAACGAGAAGGUUAUAUUAAGUCAAUGGGUAACUUAAUUCAGAAAGAGCUUCAGAGUUUUUCUGAACCAAAAGAGGUAAUGAUAUUUUUCAGUGCCCACGGUGUACCUGUCAGUUACGUUGAGGAUGCUGGGGAUCCAUACCGAGACCAAAUGGAGGAGUGCAUCUUCUUGAUCAUGCAAGAGUUGAAAGCUCGAGGAAUUAGUAAUGAGCACACUCUUGCUUAUCAGAGUCGAGUGGGUCCUGUACAGUGGCUGAAACCAUAUACAGAUGAAGUUCUCGUUGAGCUUGGCCAAAAAGGUGUGAAGAGUCUUUUAGCUGUUCCAGUGAGUUUUGUGAGUGAGCAUAUUGAAACCCUUGAAGAAAUUGACAUGGAGUACAAGGAAUUGGCUAUUGAAUCUGGCAUCAAGAAUUGGGCACGUGUACCUGCCCUUGGUGUUACCCCUUCCUUCAUUACAGAUUUGGCAGAUGCAGUAAUAGAAGCUCUCCCGUCAGCAACAGCAAUGUAUGCACCAACCAGCAUCUCUGAAGAUGUUGAUCAUGACCCAGUUAGUUAUUUUAUCAAGAUAUUCUGUGGUUCAAUCUUGGCAUUCAUCUUGUUCUUGUCACCCAAAAUGAUCAUGGCAUUCAGGAAUCAAGUCAUUUAGAAGAAUUAGAAACUGUUUGCUGAAUUCAAUCUGCAAGCAUAUAGAUGAAGCCUAUUGAUAGCAACAAAGUAUACUUGGAUUUUUUUGUCUUUGUUUUACUCAUUUCAACCUCUACUGUAUACAUCAAAGAGCUAUGAAGAAGCAAUUUUCCGCAGAGAACUUGAACCUCGGCUUAAAGAGGAUUCAAAGAAUAAUUGUUGACCAGGGAUCUAUUCAAGAGCCAAGAGGCAUUGUCUCGAUCUCCGAUUUAAACCCGAACAAGUUAUUGAUUUUUGUUUAUUAUUUACUUACACUUUUUCUACA